GCAUCUUGUGUUUUUUCUACUCAGCACAAGAUACCUUUAAGAUAAAGAAACUAUGGCUAAAGUGGCUUUUAAAAAGUUUUAGAUAACCACCCAUGGUAAAAAGGGAGAGCCAUAGAGCUAUAUAUAUUUUUAAUUUGGUCAUCUAUAAAGUUUGAAAUGUAAAGCCCUUUUAAUCUGCAAUUUAGGCCACCUCAAUUAUACCGGCUUAUCUACAGAUACAUUUGCAAAAUCUGUAAGUGUUUGCAAUCAGUUUUUUUUAUCAGUAGACUACGCUAUUCUACCAUUUACAAUUCACUGCUGUACUCGAUAAAAGCUACUGGUGUUUUUCCAUGAACGUGUCAGCGUCCGAACAAUGACACAGCCAAACUUUCAAAAUGAAUUUGGUGACCAAAUGACAUUUCACCUAAACGGGGGUUAACGGUACUAACGCUAAUACAGAGACCAGACAAGUUCUCCCUGGCAGGAAAUGCAGAAGUGGCAGAGCCAUGCUCAUACAUCCGUGUGUACUGCUGAAAAGGGGAAGAAGGGAUGGUGGCAGGCGGGUGCAUUAUCUGCCCAAAAUACGAUCCGCUCGGGACUGGGGAAAGCCUAACGACAAUGUCGACAGACCAACCAGAACUGCUGUUUGAGAGCUUCUUGAAGAAGAGGAAAGACAAAAUGAAGCUGAAGUGGGUAAGAUAUUGGUUCAGGCUUCAGAAUACAUCCCUGUUCUUCUUCACGAGAAAACAUGGAAGUGCUUUACACCUGAGAGGGCAGUAUUAUAUAUACAUGGUGCAGUCCGUACGCGAGGUCACGCGGAGAGGCAGCGAGCCGUUCGCUUUUGAAAUCGCCAUGAAGAACGGCAAGAUGAAGCUGCUGGCAGCGGAGACUGUGGAGCUGAGGCACGCCUGGGUCAGCCUGCUGUGGAAGGCCAUGCAGCUCCCCGGCCCUGGCCGCUCUCACUCAGCCUGUGUCUGGGAUGAUGUGGCUGAUCUAAAGCAGAGGGCCCAGGACAGUCUUCGCUGCAGCUCUGGCUCUGACGGUGCACUGAACCUGACGGAGAGUGAGCCCCCGCACUCCACCCCAGCCCGACGGGACGGGGCCGCACCCUCCCAGGACCCCCUCGCCUCAGGAUGCAAAGAUAUGUCAGAAGGGAUCCAUGAUGAGCCAACUUCUUGGCAGGCAAAUAUGACAUAACGAACCCCUCAGUAAGUCUAUCUGCAAAUAUGUUUGCAUCUGUUCGUAUCAGAAGAACACAUUGAAUCCGUGGCUACUUCACUGGGUUUGAGGCUGUCAUUUCUCAAGUGCCAGUUUCUUUGCAGUUAUUUGCCACUGUUCUGUUUUCCAUCUGCUCCACCUAACAACAUACAUUACUCUGUGAAGUGUUGAGGCCAGCCGUGGUGAAAAAACAAAUGUGUGAAACUGUGCUCCAAUUAGAAGGUUUUAAUUGCCUUUUUACCACCCUCACACCAGAACCGUCAGCUUUGACUCACUGCCUGGACAGAAGAGUUGCGAUGUUAAAUCUCCUUUUCAUUACAGUCAUCCGGACUCAGUGUUUGAUGACUGGGCUUCCCUAACUUGAAGUGUGGUGCUUCUGCAUGGCAGCAGGCAAUACAGUUUCCCAGGCCAUAGACUAAAGGCACCCACAUGUGCUAAGAUUGAUCUAACUUCUCUGGAGGCAUUGUUACCCCCCAACAGACCCCCUACUGACAGGUCCAGGGCUGCAUCCAUGCCAAUGCAGCAAAGCUAGGGGUGUCUUUCGCUAUUCACUAUACCGUAGCUGUUACAAACACAGAACCUUUCCAAUGCACAAAUACCUGUACCUGUACAGAUACCUGUACUUCAGUGUGCAGUCGUACUGCCAAUUCACAAGCAGGCCAGCCUAUCUCCCCUUUACAGUGCCAGCUGAAGCAUGGCGUGGGAGUCCAGUAGUAAAAAACUAAAUACUUCAGCUUCAUCCGAAAGUGCUGCGUAGGAGUCUGUGGAUCCCCGGGUUAAAAAUAACCUUUAAGGUCAUACAGUUACCAUGGAACUGUAGAUAAUUGUCCUACGAUUCAAGAAGCCUGUUGCGGUUUGGAAUGUAAACUCACGGCGCAGAACAGAGCCUGCAUACCUAAAGUGUUUUCAAAGGGUUACCUUCUGUUACCCACAAAUAACCUCUCGCAGGUUUCUGCAGCUGUGGCUCGGUUGUAUUGUGCCCGUUGUUAUUCUACCAGAACAGGAGCGUUUAUGAAACAGUUUUUUAUUUUUUUGCCGGUUUGGCCAGUUUUCCGACAAACAGACAGGCCUGGCGGAUACUGUUAUGUAUACUUAAGAAUAACGUUCUUAAGAAAGCCGUUUCAGCAUAAAUAAAAUAACGACCACACUCUCGCUUAUGAACCUCUCGCGUGUGCUUGCUUGCAUUUCAGGAACCCCCCCCCCCCCCCCCAACUAAGGGUGAAAGGUCACCUGACAGAGUGACCCUACAGUUGUAACAGAAGUAAGCUGAUGAGACAGGAUGAGGACAGCCACAGACGGGUGUCUGCCUAUCUGCAGUGUUUCAAUGA